GAAGUCACCUCUUCCCCCUCUCACUGAAAUCCUACACUCUUCCCACAUUCAAAGUUCCUCCUCCUCUGUCCACACAUCCACAAGGGCUCGGAAGCUCACCUCACUUUUAGGAUCAACACUCAACACUGGAUUGUCAAGCUGGAUUAUAUUUGAUUUUUUUACUGUGAUUUUGGAGGAUUUUUUGGGGUGGGAUCACUUCUGGAUUACUGCCAUUUGGUUAACGAUGCUGCUCAGGUGCUGAUUGACGGAAUUACUCCUGGAGGCGAAGACGCAACCUCCAGGUUAGAAAUCAGGCGGGACAGCUUGAUGGUUGUAAUAGGCUAAACAAAGCAGACCUGAAACCAAGGCCGUGAUGGAAAUACGACUGGGACUCAGGAUCACCCUGGUCUUGGUCAUCCUGGCCUUGACCAUGUCCAGUGAGACUGUACAAGCACAGAGAGCAGGUUGUAAGAAUGUCCACUAUGACUUGGCGUUUAUCCUGGACACCUCAUCUAGUGUGGGAAAGGAGAAUUUUGAAAAGAUCCGGCAAUGGGUGUCCAACCUGGUGGAGUCUUUCGACGUUGGACCAGAUAAAACCCGGGUGGCUGUAGUCCGUUAUAGUGACAGGCCAACCAUUGAGUUUAACUUGGGCAGGUACAGGAACCUGGAGGAAGUGAAGAGGGCCGCUCGGAACAUACGCUACCUGGGGGGGAAUACGAUGACAGGAGACGCCAUCAGCUAUACCACAACCAACAUUUUCACGGAGCGUAAUGGUGCAAGACCCAGAGCCCGAGGCAUUCAGAGAGUGGCCAUCCUUCUCACAGACGGUCGGAGCCAGGAUUAUGUUCUCGAGCCCUCCAAGGCGGCAACUGCGGCUGGGAUCCGGAUGUUCGCUGUGGGCAUUGGAGAAGCGCUUAAAGAAGAGCUGGAGGAGAUUGCAGCCGAGCCCAAAAAUGCACACGUCUUCCAUGUGACCGACUUCAAUGCCAUCGACAAGAUCAGAGGCAGGCUGAGGAAGAGGCUCUGCGAAAACGUGCUGUGUCCAAACAUGAAAGUACAACAAUCCGAUCGCUUCAAGCCCAACAGCACCAGUUACGGUCUGGACGAGGUUCCAGGGUUCGACCUGAUGGAAUACUUCAAUGUGAAGGAUAUUCUUGGGACCAGAGAUGAUGAAGGCCAGAGUUCCUAUGUUCGCCUUGGUACCAUGCCCAUAGUGCAGCAGACAGAGGAUGUGUUUUCUCAGGGCCUGCCAGAUGAAUAUGCAUUUGUGACGACAUUCAAAUUCAGGAAAACCUCAAGACGUGAAGACUGGUAUCUGUGGCAAGUCUAUGACAAAUAUGGAAUUCCACAGGUGUCAAUUCGGCUGGAUGGAGAGAACAAGGCGGUGGAGUACAACGCUGCUGGAGUGACAAAGGAUGCAGUCCGAGGCGUGUUCAGGAACCCAGAAGUGGAAAACCUGUUUGACCGCAACUGGCACAAAAUUGCCAUCAGUGUAGAGGCCAAGGCUGUGUCCCUCUACCUGGACUGCAAGCACAUCGACACACUGCCCCUAGAGGAGAGAGAGGACAUAGACAUUCAAGGAAAGACCGUCAUAGGAAAGAGAUUAUAUGACAGUGUACCAAUUGAUUUCGAUCUUCAGAGGAUGAUGAUUUACUGCGAUGCCAAACAUGCUGAGCUGGAGACCUGCUGCGAUCUACCUACUGGGCCGUGUCCCAAAAAGGUAGUGACAGAAGCUCCCCCAGUAGAGAUCCCAACUCCAACCCCGACCAGCGCAGAGCAACAGAAGGGUCCUGAAGUCAACUGCUCGUGUCCUGCCGGAGACAAGGGAGAGAUUGGUGAACCUGGUGUUGCAGGUCCCAAGGGUGAAAAGGGUGACACAGGUGCUACAGGUGCUGCUGGACCAUCUGGCCUCAAAGGAGAAAAAGGAGAAACUGGCAAAGUCAUCUCUGUCAAAGGCGACAGAGGGCAGAAGGGUGACACAGGCAGCAUAGGAUUAACAGGUGCUGCUGGACCAAAAGGAGAGAAGGGGCUAGGAGGAGUUCCUGGUAUCGAUGGCUUACCUGGAGAUAAAGGAGACAAAGGUGAAGCAGGAUCACCAGGAAGUAAAGGGGUGCAAGGUCCAGCAGGCCCAAAGGGAAUUCAAGGUGAUGCUGGAAGUCCUGGUGCCCCCGGACUGAGAGGCGUGACUGGUGAAACCGGCAACAAAGGUGAAAAAGGAAUACCAGGUGCCCCAGGCCUGGCUGGUAUCGACGGACUACCUGGGAAAAAUGGUGUUCCUGGAAAAGAUGGGUUGAGAGGAUUGGCUGGUACUCCUGGUCCCAGUGGAAUUAAAGGAGACAAGGGCGAGAGAGGGCUUCCUGGAAUACCUGGAGAUGUAGUUCAGAAGGAAGGCAUAAGAGGAGAAAAGGGAGAGGCGGGACCUCCGGGGCCCCCUGGGGCUGACGGACCCCCUGGGCCUCCAGGUCCUCCUGGUCAACAAGGCAUACCCGGAGCGCCUGGUGAAUUCGGCCAGAGGGGAAAGAAAGGCGAGAAUGGUUUGCCUGGGGUGGAUGGCCUUCCUGGACCUGUUGGUCCACAAGGUCCAUCCGGUGCACCAGGAAACCCCGGACUCACUGGACCUCCUGGUCUACCUGGUGAAAUUGGGUUCUCUGGCAAACCUGGAGAGAUGGGAAAGCCUGGUCUUCCUGGUAAAGAUGGUCUGGAUGGUCUUCCUGGAUCUGAUGGUGCUCCGGGCCCCAGGGGAGAGCGGGGAACUGAUGGAGGAGAUGGAAAACCCGGGCCAAAGGGCGAUGAUGGGCCUCCGGGACCAAGAGGGCCCCCUGGGGAGAGAGGAGAGGCGGGGUUACCUGGACUGAGAGGAUCUGAUGGAGCAAGAGGAGACAGAGGUGUUCCUGGAGAGAGGGGCCUGGACGGACACAUUGGGCCUAAGGGAGAAAAGGGAGACAAGGGUGAAGUGGGAGCUCGGGGACUACCAGGAGCACCAGGAAAUGUCGCGAGUGUCAUCCCUGAACCUGGUGAACCCGGAAAGCCUGGAGAGAAAGGAGAAAAGGGUGAUCAAGGAAAACCAGGAGAGCCCGGCCAGAGGGGAUUACCUGGAGAACAAGGCUUUAAGGGUGCACCUGGACUGCCAGGCCCUAAAGGUGAUACUGGACUUCAAGGCGAACCAGGAAGAAUUGGUGACCCUGGUCCACCUGGUGUUGCUGGGGCACAAGGAGCUCGGGGUCUGCCAGGAAAUGUGGGCUCACCGGGUGUCAUUGGACCACCUGGCCCGGCUGGAGUCAGAGGAGACAAGGGUGACCCAGGUAAACCAGGACAAAUAGGCCUUAUCGGUCCACCUGGAGAGCCUGGUUUGAUUGGACCCCCUGGACCUGCAGGGAAAGGAAAGGAUGGACUAAGUGGAGAUCCAGGGCCUCAAGGAAUUCAAGGACCUCCAGGACUGAAGGGAUCACCAGGCCCAAGGGGAGACCCAGGACCCCAGGGAGAAAGAGGACUGUCUGGAGAGGGCAAGACUGGACCACCGGGACCUCCUGGAAAUAACGGAGAACCAGGGCCUGCGGGAUUGAGAGGACAACCAGGAGUUGCUGGUCCCCAAGGCCCAGCUGGACAUAAUGGUUUACCUGGAAGGCCGGGAGAGAAGGGAGCCCCUGGAGAGCCUGGUAAAGUAGCUGACCUGCCUAACCUCAAGGACAUAUGCUCCGAUUGCCCUGCAGGCCCCCCUGGUCCUCCUGGUAUGCCUGGACUCCCCGGAGACAAAGGACAUACAGGUCCCCCAGGCAAAAGUGGACAAGAUGGCUUCCAGGGCCCACCCGGACCAGCCGGACCUCAGGGACCACCUGGAACUGAUGGCACAAAGGGAAUCAAAGGAGACCGAGGGCCUGCUGGCGCUCCAGGAGACAAAGGAGACAAGGGUCACCCAGGUCCCCCUGGUCACCCCGGCCCACCUGGAAUAAUGGGAUCCGCUGGUAACGACGGACAGCCCGGCCCUCCUGGUCCCCCGGGGCCCCCUGGAGAAAAGGGCAAAGAGGGUCUCAAAGGAAUCCAGGGACCACCAGGUCUUCCGGGAUUAAUGGGCGAGCCUGGAAAAAUGGGAAAAGAUGGACGCCCAGGUGAACAGGGAGAGUCAGGCAAACAAGGAGAGCCUGGACCACCUGGACCUCCCGGACUCAGGGGACUUCCCGGAUUUAAAGGCCACAGAGGGGAACCUGGACUUCCAGGGCAAAAGGGUGAAGAUGGAAAGCCUGGGGUACCGGGCCGUGAGGGCAAACCCGGCAAAGAGGGUCCUAAGGGGCCCCCUGGACUUGAGGGCAUGAUGGGACCACGAGGAGAGUCGGGCAAACCUGGAGAACCAGGACCAUCAGGGAAAGCCGGCCUCCCUGGAACGCCUGGGCUGAUGGGUAACAAGGGAGAGCCAGGCAGCCCCGGAUUACCCGGCUUUAGUGGGCCCAAAGGCCCUGCGGGUCCUCCUGGUCCUGUUGGUCCAGAGGGUAAACAGGGAAUGCCAGGCCGAGUUGGAGAUCGAGGAAUAAAAGGGGAUAAGGGUGAUCCAGGCACAAAGGGAGACAAAGGACACUCAGGAGAUCCAGGAAUCCCUGGAAACCCUGGCCCCCCAGGCCGGAAGGGGCACACAGGCAUGAUGGGAAUGACAGGACCACAGGGUGAAAUGGGACCACCAGGACCUCAGGGACCCUCUGGAAACCCAGGUCAACCUGGACCAAGAGGAGAGUCAGUGUCACUGGAGCAGAUGAGACGUCUCAUCCAGGAAGAGCUGGCCAAACAACUCGAUGCCAAACUGGCCUACCUCAUGGCUCAGAUGCAGCCCGCUCAUGUGAAGACCACCGCCGGGCGACCCGGACCUCCAGGGCCUCCUGGUAAAGAUGGUAGUGGAGGAAGGCCAGGCCCUCCUGGAGAACCCGGAAUGCCUGGACAGAGUGGGGGAGAAGGACCCAGAGGACCCAUGGGCCCUCCAGGUGAAAAAGGAGCACGAGGAGAGAAGGGAGAGCCUGGUGUUGGUGAGAGAGGAGAACCUGGACCUGCUGGUCCCAUAGGUCCUGCUGGUUUACCAGGUUAUGGUAAAGACGGAAGCCCAGGACAAGCUGGAGCACAGGGAGAGCCAGGAAACCCCGGCCCUCACGGGCAGCCGGGCAACCCCGGGCCCCCGGGUCAGUGUGACCCCUCACAGUGUGCCUACUACGCCAGCCUGGCACAGAGACCCCACACCAAGAAUGUCAAAGGGACUUAGACUGAAGGACACAGCCUGAUGUCCAGCUGUAUUUAUGAACUCGCUCCAUAUCAGUCCAGAACUUUCUUUUUGGGAUGACCUCAUUGUGGAGGGUGAAGCGACUGUGCUGCUGGUGGAUUCUUUUGUAUUGUUUGAUAAAGGAACAAAGCUUUGGAUUCAUGGGGCAUUUUUGAAAUUGGGGUUGAGAGGGCAGCUAACUGUUUUCCUUCUUUGCAUGCUUCCUGUAUAAUAUAUAGGGAGAUAACAGCUGAGGCUAUUCCUUGGAGAUUGGAGUCUGUUAAUCUAUCAUUUCAUCAGCAAUUAUUCAAAAGCCUGUCUUCCAGGAAUAUAUCAGCCAACGGUCUUUUUCUCAUUUUGUCUUCAUUUUACACCCAUUACCAGCCUCAGGGCUGAUUUACAGCCGCUUGUUCUUUUGAAUUGUUAUUCUGUGCUGAAGGACUCCUAUUGACUUUGGGAGAACAAAAAACGCUCACAUCACCAGGAAACACCUGUCCUAAUAUUUGACCUGAAUAUUGUAUCUAUCAGACUUUUUAUGUUUUUAUCUUCGGGUUUUAGCAGUUACUCUUGAACUAUUGGAUUAUCUGUUGAUGCCAUGACAGCCUGGUUUCAAAUCUAUUGCUGCAUAGAGUCAAAUCACCUCAGUGUUUCAACUGUCUUUAGUGUAGGAAAUAUAAUUUACUCAUAGCUAUGCUGCAGUGAAGUUAUUUUAGGCAGGACCAGUGUAUUGGCCACUAUGAGAAACCAUGAAACUGUGCUUCACAAAGGCCCAACAAUAAUGAACUCAAAUUCACAGUGCGCUGCGCAACUUGUUGGUGGUGGCAAGCUCAAUACCUGCUUGUUUCCAUGGUGAUUUUAAUGAUUUCUCCAGAAUGUUCCUCAGUAUGGCAUUAAACUUUUAUAUCUCCAUGGAUUCAAGAAGGUGAAGCCACUAAGUUAUAGGUCUGAUCUGUGAAGAGGUAAUCCUGCUCACCCUGCUCACCCUACUGCUUUUCAUCAAUAAAAAGAAAUGUAACUCAGUCAGUCAGUCUACAGGUUACAGGUCAAAUCUGUGGAGUUGCGCUUCGGUUUUACAGUAAGAAUGCAUGUUUUUAGGUAUUAUCUGAGGAAUGGAAACAGCUGUAACUGAAUAAAUGGAAGAGAUAUAUGUCUAAUACAGUUCUGUGGAACAUUCCAGGCAAAGCAAUAACAUCUCCAUGGAGACCACCUUUGAAGAUGCACCUUUAAAGGAGAUUCUUAAUAGGUUAUUUUAUACCUCUCAGAGUGUCUGGCCUAACGUACAUCUAGAAGCAGAGGAGAAUGAAGAGAUAUUUGUCUGAGCUGCACUUGCCUGGUUUAAUGAAGUGUGACUGCUGGGCCUGUGAACUGUGCAUAGACUUGGGCAGCAGUGAGCAGCUCUGAGGAGGUGGGCUAAUUGCAGGCUGGCUUCACCUCUUCCACAAAAGCGUCUUGUUCCACUGCCUCUCUUUCAAUAUGUCGCUCCCAUUCUGCACCAGGAAGCGUGUUAAGAGCCCGCAAUGCUUUAGCCCUGCUCUGAAAACACUUUGCCUUUCUUAUAUGUCCCCUGGAACACACUAUUGGGAAGCCGCUGUCCUGCAUAGUGAUGACCAAUCCGUUGUAUCUGAGGGACGCAUUUGCCUUUUGCUCCUCAUGGGCCAAUUAAAACAGUCCCGGUCUGAUCUGUGAGCAGCUAGCACCUUUUAAAUGGUCUCCACAAAAGCAUUCGCAUCCAUCUUCCUUUCAAAAAUAUAAAGAAGCACGUCGAUACCUGCCAGAGGAAAGCAGAGUGGCGUUUUUUCAAGAAAUGAUUUUUUUAAUGGAUUUUUUUUUUAAGUUUUAGUCACACAGAAGAAAAGUCUUGACCCAGGGGUACUGUAGAUGAUGUAAAAACAGGCCGGGUUUAUCAAUAAUAGACCACUAGAUUCUCUAACCUGACUCACACCAACUUGAUAUGUGUAGCACUCGGAAUUGAGUUCUAUAUAAUCUAGCGGAAGAAGAUUUGUUUUGGUUUGCUUGGGUGCUUUUUUGUGAUUGGUCUGCUUUACCAAUUAUCCUUACAGCAGGAGUCUCUCAAGUUUGUGAAAAUAUUGCGAGAAUCCAUCUUGUUGUGCAAGGUUAGAGAUUCCCACCAUUGGAUCUGGUUCCUGCCAAAAAGUUCAAUAAUAGAGGCAAAAGUUGAUAUUUAGGUGUUACAAAGCAUUUAAUUAUAGAAAGCUAACUUCAUUUGCAUCCAUUAGUUGUCAAUUUGUUGUUUUUAGGCUAAUUUAUUUUAUUUUUUUAGCUUGCUGGCCUAUUAGCAUGGGUUAGCUAGGUUAUGCUUUUGUUAUUGAGCCUGGGAUCAACAUUUCCAAUUGAUCAUAAUUCCGUUCAUGUUGACUCUACUACUUACUAUCAAACUAUUAAUUUGAUCUAUUUAAAUGCUUCUCAUCAAACCACUCAUCCAAAACCAUUUACUUGCACAGUACUCAACUUUAGUCCUGUCAUAUUACGUUUAUGAUUUGAAAUAUAUAUUGUGGUUGUUUGAAUGUUUGGUAAGUUAUACUGAUAAAUUAUUCAUGAAUGCCACCAUUAAAUGUUUGAACAACAGGUUUUCGCUCCAGUGUUCCUGAAUAAAUGGGUGCUAUUGUAUGACCAUAGUAACAGUGUAAGUAUGGAAAAGACACAUGUACUGUAAUGUAUAAUAAAGAUUGGGACAGAUUAAUUUUAUAAUAGGUU